AAGAAGAAGAGCCGUAGUAGCAGAGUAGGCAGAGGCAGCACGCGGAGACAUGGUGGCAAAGCGAGGUCAUGGCCUCACGUGCUUCGCACGUCUUUCACUCUUCCUCUUAGCUCUAACCCUAUCCUCUGCUCGCCAAACCACGUUUCAAGACAUAGCCAGAAAGUUGAAGCUCGAGGACAACCAACUUCUGCGAACAGAGAAAAGGUUCAGAGUCUUCAUCGAGAAUUACGGGAAGAACUACUCCACACGGGAAGAGUAUUUACAGCGUUUGAAGAUUUUCGCAGGAAACAUGCUGAGAGCGGCGGAGAACCAGGCGCUCGAUCCCACUGCCAUCCACGGCGUCACGCAGUUCUCCGAUCUCACCGAGGACGAGUUUCAACGCCACUACACCGGUGUCAAUGGCGGCUUCCCGUUGAAUAAUGGCGCCGGUGGUGUGGCACCGCCGUUGGAGGUGGAUGGACUGCCGGAGGAUUUCGAUUGGCGAGAGAAAGGGGCAGUCACCGAAGUUAAAAUGCAGGGUAAAUGUGGAUCAUGCUGGGCUUUCAGCACCACGGGAUCUAUAGAAGGAGCCAAUUUUAUUGCAACCGGAAAGCUGCUCAAUCUUAGUGAACAACAGCUCGUAGACUGUGACAGCCAGUGUGACAUAACAGAAAGGACCACAUGUGACAAUGGCUGUAAUGGAGGUCUUAUGACAAAUGCCUACAAGUAUUUGCUGGAGUCUGGAGGGUUGGAGGAGGAGUCUUCAUACCCUUACACAGGGGAGAAAGGUGAAUGCAAGUUUGAUCCAGGGAAAGUAGCUGUUAGGAUCAAAAAUUUCACCAACAUUCCUGUGGAUGAGAACCAAAUUGCUGCAUAUUUAGUCAAGCACGGCCCACUUGCUAUUGGUCUGAACGCAAUUUUCAUGCAAACAUACAUUGGAGGUGUGUCGUGCCCUCUCAUAUGCAGCAAGAAAUGGCUCAACCAUGGUGUGUUGCUCGUGGGAUAUAGAGCUAAAGGGUUCUCAAUUCUGAGGCUUGGCAACAAACCAUACUGGAUCAUCAAGAAUUCCUGGGGGAAAAGAUGGGGAGUAGAUGGGUAUUACAAGCUCUGCCGAGGGCAUGCCAUCUGUGGAAUGAACACGAUGGUCUCUGCUGCAAUGGUUGCCCAAACACAAACAACUACACAGAGUUAUGCUUCCUAUUAGCUGCCUACUUCCGCUCCGUACUUAUGCAAUGAAGUAUUUAUUUUUACUACUAUAAAGUUUUUAAAAAAUCUUUCUAUGUACUGCAGUUUAAAGACAUGUGAUGUAUGAUAAUGUGUGUUCUAUCUAUAAUAAGAUCUUUGUAAGAUGAAAAUAGAGCAUAUUAUGUCAAGUUCUGUCUGCUAUGUUACCUGAA